AUGGAAAAUUUCAAUAUAAAAAUUUAUAUAAGAAAAAUUUUCAAAAAUGUCACUAUUGGAAGGUGGUUUUUUUUACCCAAAAAAUAUAAAUUUUCCCUAUUUUUCCCAGUAAAAAAUGUCUUGAUCUUGGGGGGAAGUAAGAGAACUUUGUAUCCUUUUUUUGUUCUUCCUAGCAGGGACAGCACGACAGGUUUUUUUUUUACCCCGACUCAUAUGCAAGAAGACCAGGUUUAG